AUGUUCCCAGUAACUCCUCGAUUUUCACCCUUCGAUGAAGAUUUUGCAGUCCUGCGACUUGCAGACGAACUGUUGGAUCCCAGAUAUUCUUUGAUGGUUCGGGCGUCUGGCGAUGGAAACCGACCAGCUCCUUCCAGAUCACUUGUUGGAGUUGGGCGACCUGGAGAGUCAGAGAUUCACAAUACGGAUAAAGAGUUUCGUGUGCGGUUGGAUCUGCAUCACUUUAGGCCAGAGGAAGUUAAUAUCACUUCUGACAACGUCAAGAUUGUCAUCAAUGCUAAGCAUGAAGAGAAGGAAGACAACCAUGGUUUUGUGACCAGAGAAAUGACUCGCAUCUAUAAGUUACCUCCGGAUGUUGAUGCCAAGUCUGUGACAUCAACAAUGAACGGACAAGGAGUUUUAACCAUCAGGGUUGCGAAGAGAGCUCCUGAAGCACCAAAGGAAAUUCAAAUCCCUGUAAAUUUCUUGUAA